GUAAAGAGGAACUAAACGUUGAUUGGACGAACGGCGGGAGAAUAAAAGAGCGUGUAAAGGACUGUAAAGGGACCGAGAUCGUUCACAAGCGUUCUGGAGGACGUGUGUUAAACGCAGGUGAAGUUUUCUGGGCUCUGAAGACCCGCCCCUCCGCCCUCCUCCUCCUCUCGAGCACCGGAUAAAACCGGGACCCUCGCGGGACACGACUCUGUACGAGACACCGUGCGCCGAACGACACGCUUUGAACGAGCUGCUCCGAGGGAACGGUGCUGUUUUAUUUCUCCGUUGAGGGAUGGAGGCGCUGCGGGUUCUGUGGGUUCUGGGCUGCAUCGCUUCGGCUGUGGGUUCGAGACUCAAGACGCCCGCGUUACCCAUCCAACCGGAGAGAGAACCCACGAUCUCCAAAGGCUUGUCCGCAGGUUGCUCCUUCGGCGGUCGCUUUUAUUCGCUGGAAGACACGUGGCAUCCAGAUCUGGGAGAGCCUUUCGGCGUGAUGCACUGUGUUAUGUGUCACUGCGAGCCGCAGAGGAGCCGGCGAGGAAAGGUGUUCGGGAAGGUGAGCUGCAGGAAUAUGAAACAGGACUGUCCCGAUCCGACCUGUGACGAUCCCGUCUUGCUUCCAGGACACUGCUGCAAAACAUGCCCAAAAGGCGACUCCGGGAGAAAGGAGGCGGAGUCUCUGUUUGAGUUCUUCCAGGAGAAGGACGACGACCUGCACAAGUCCUACAACGACAGAUCCUACAUCAGCUCUGAGGAGAACAGCAACCGAGACAGCGCCACCGAUUUUGUGGCUCUUCUCACCGGCGAGACGGACUCGUGGCUGCCGAGCUCCAGCGGCGUCGCUCGGGCCAGAUUCACUCUCAGCCGGACGAGUCUGACCUUCUCCAUCACCUUCCAGAGGAUAAACCGGCCGAGCCUCAUCACGUUCCUGGACUCCGACGGAAACACCGCGUUUGAGUUCAGAGUCCCGCAGGCCGACACAGACAUGAUCUGUGGAGUUUGGAAGAACCUGCCGAAGUCUCACCUGCGUCAGCUGGAGGCGGAGCAGCUGCGUGUUUCCAUGACAACGGCAGACAACAAGAAGGAGGAGAUACAGGGCAAGAUCAUCAAACACAGAGCGCUGUUUGCAGAAACGUUCAGUGCCAUCCUGACGUCAGACGAGGUGCAUUCUGGGAUGGGAGGAAUCGCCAUGCUGACGCUCAGCGACACGGAAAACAAUCUGCAUUUCAUCCUGAUUCAGCAGGGACUCGUUCCUCAGGGGAGCUUAUCUGCUAAGGUGCCAGUCCGAGUGAAACUGAUGUAUCGACAGCAUCUGUUGAGAGAAAUACGAGCAAACGUCACUGCAGACGACCCGGACUUCGCCGAGGUCCUGGCCGAUCUGAACAGUCGAGAGCUCUUCUGGCUGUCUCGCGGGCAGCUGCAGAUCUCGGUGGAAACCGAAGGUCAAAACCCUCGUCAGAUCUCAGGAUACAUUUCUGGGAGGAGAUCAUGUGACACUCUUCAGAGCGUGAUGUCGAGCGGCUCCGCUCUGACCCCGGGGAAGACCGGCGGCGUGGGCUCGGCCGUCUUCACCCUCCAUCACAACGGUUCUCUGGACUACCAGGUUCUGGUGGCGGGGUUGAGCGGCUCCGUGGUCGCCGUGACGAUCGAGAUGAAGCCGCGGCGCCGCAGCAAGCGCAGCGUCCUGUACGACAUCACGGCGGACUUCGCGGCGGCCGAGGAGCGCGGCGGGGGGCGAGCGGCGGGGAGCUGCGGCCGAGUCGAGGCCAGGCACAUUCACAUGCUGCUGCAGAACGAGCUGUUCGUUAACAUCGCCACGGACGAGCAGCAGGAGAGCGAACUGCGCGGACAGAUACGGAUGCUGCCGUACAACGGCCUGGACGCGCGCCGGAACGAGCUCCCGGUCCCUCUGGCGGGUCAGUUCGUGUCUCCUCCGGUCCGGACGGCUGCGGCGGGUCACGCCUGGGUCUCGGUGGACGAGCAGUGCCACCUCCAUUACGAGAUCGUCGUCAACGGCCUCAGCAAGAGCGAAGACGCCUCGGUCGACGCCCACCUGCACGGGCUGGCCGAGAUCGGCGAGAUGGAUGACUCGUCCACCCAUCACAAGAGACUCCUGACCGGCUUCUACGGUCAGCAGGCUCAGGGUGUGCUGAAAGAUAUCAGUGUUGAGUUAUUGAGACAUUUGGACGAAGGCACAGCUUAUAUUCAGGUCAGCACCAAAAUGAAUCCAAGAGGAGAAAUACGAGGACGGAUUCACGUUCCCAACAGCUGCGAGUCCGGUUCCCGCGGUGAAGUGGUCGAGGAGGCGGAGUUUGACGACCUGGUGUUCGUGCGCGACCCGGCCGAGCUCAGGAAAGACCCGCACACGUGCUUCUUUGAGGGAGAGCAUCACGCUCACGGCUCGCAGUGGACGCCGCAAUACAACACAUGCUUUACCUGCACCUGCCAGAAGAAGACAGUGAUCUGCGAUCCGGUGAUCUGUCCUGCUCUCUCCUGUCCUCACACCGUCCAGCCUGAAGACCGCUGCUGUCCCAUCUGUGACGAAAAGAAAGAGUCCAAACAGACGCCUGCAGUGGAAAAAGUUGAGGAAGGUCCAGAAGGCUGUUAUUUUGAGGGUGAUCAGAAAAUGCAUGCACCUGGAACGACAUGGCAUCCGUUCGUCCCUCCAUUCGGUUACAUCAAGUGUGCGGUGUGCACCUGCAAGGGCUCCACGGGAGAAGUGCACUGCGAGAAAGUGACGUGCCCGCCCCUGACCUGCAGUCGACCAAUCAGACGCAACCCUUCGGACUGCUGUAAGGAGUGUCCUGCCGAGGACACGCCCCCUCUAGAGGACGAUGAAAUGAUGCAGGCAGAUGGGACGCGCCACUGCAAGUUUGGCAAAAACUACUACCAGAACAGCGAGCACUGGCACCCGAAGGUCCCGCUGGUGGGAGAGAUGAAAUGCAUUACCUGCUGGUGUGAUCAUGGUGUCACAAAGUGCCAGAGAAAACAGUGUCCACUGUUGAGUUGCAGUAACCCCAUUCGCAGAGAAGGCAAAUGCUGUCCCGAAUGCAUGGAGGACUUGAUGGAGAAAGAAGAAAUGUCUAAAAAGGUAGAGAAGAAGAAAAACUGGAGACACUGAUACCUGCUUCCUCAAAGUUCCUCGUCGUCCUCCUGCCUUGAGAUCAGGUCGUCUCAAACGCACAACGGGACACCUGCGGAAACAACCGAUGCGUGAAACGGAGGAGAGGUCCAGAACACAAAGAGGCCGAGAGCAGAUUGGGAGGAAGACGCUCCGAAGAGGAACGAUCGAGGCGAAAACACAUAACGCUUAAAAGGAGCUGCUGCAGAUGUUUGAAUAUUUCCCACAGACUGAUUCACUCGUGGGAUUCGUUGAUUUGUUUUUGUUUGCAUUUUUGACUUGGUGCAAAAUCUUCAUCUUCAUCAUCAUCAUCAUCACACCUGUUAAGAAAUGCGAGUACAAUCACAUGACUGUACUACAAAAAAACCGACUAAUUGCACAUGCCGUCAUUCACAGUCGUUCACGACGACACUCGAUCCCAGCCAAUCAGCAGGACUGUUGUGAUGCAUCUGAUUGGAGAUUAGCCCUGUGGGUGGGGCUUGUUUGUGGAGGCGGGGUUUAACAUGCUCAUCAACAUAAACCCGCUCAUUUUUGUUGCACCUGAUGUUUGUUGGUAUGUAAUAUUUUAUGGCUAUUUUCUUUUCAUAUUUUGCUGGAAAUUAUGAAUAUUGUUUGUAUUUGCGUAUUUAUUAAUUAUGAUGAAUAAACAAAGUUUUAAAAUCUA